UCUUAAAUCCGGGUGGCUUGCCGCACUGACCGACGUACUGGGCGACAAUUCCACGUCGACCGCUAUAUAUAGUCCACGAGAACAGCCUCUCGCCCUCACUUUUAAUUCCGUCUCAUUAUCAUCUCGUCUCGCCUUCUUGGCCAGCUAAGCUACUACUCCAAAACCUCGCCACGAAGCAAAAGUCGCCUUCCGCGACCGAUCCGAUGGAGUCCGACAAGCCGGCGUCGCUCCUGGGGACGCUCCGGACGGCGGUGAAGAAGGUGCGGUUCCUGCUCUCCUUCAGCGCCACGCGCUGGAUCAUCUCCUCCAUCGCCGGCCGCCGGACCGCGCCCAGCGCAACGGCGCCGCUCCGCCUCAGCUUCGGGUCCAGGCGGCCGGGCCUGCUCGACGCGGAGGACGACCGCUCCCCCGCGUCGUCGUCGACCUCCGGGCCGACGAGGACGGCGAGCCUCGGGUCGGGCGGCGUGUCGCGGACGAGCAGCGCGGUGGCCGCGUCGGACUACUCGAGGUCCGCGUCGUCGGGCGCCACGUCGUCGUCGUCGUCGAGCGGGGGGUCGUCGCCGGCGGGGGACGAGGACAUCGACCGGCGCGCGGAGCUCUUCAUCGCCAACUUCUACAAGCACAUCCAGAUGGAGCGGCAGGUGUCGCUGCAGCUGCGCUACUGCAGGGACGACAGCCUGCAGGAGAGGUCGCCUACCCGCAGGGUCACUUGACCGAUUCUACAUUAUGAUUCUUCUUGAUUUCGUGUGAGAACAAGUGCGUAUGUGUGUGUGUGUGGAUUUAGAUGGGUGUUUUUUCGUUCCAUCAAUUCUGCGCCUCUUCUAGGAUCAAUUUGUUUUGUAAGACCGAGAUUACAGAGUGCGAGUAGAAAUAAACAGAGUUCUUUGAGAA